UUUGUCCAAAUCUGUCAUUCACAUUAGUCAUUCCAUCAAACUCCUAACGAUAGAUUACGGAUUUUAGGAGAAAUUUGUUGAAAAUAAGUGUAAAUUCGUAGUUUUAUUCGGAUUUAGAAUCCGCCGGACGGUGCGCUUGUUGGUGGUGAGCAGAAUUCGCUGAGAUUUCGCAGAACUUCCUGCUGGCAGAGGUGUUUUUCGAUCGAGUGGGUGCGACUACAGAAAACAGCGAAAGGAGAGAAAAAAAGCUGGACGAGCAGUAGCAGCAGCAAUGGAUAGCAAAGGCAGGAAUGUAAUCGUUUGCGAUAAUGGCACCGGGUUUGUGAAAUGCGGCUACGCGGGCAGCAACUUUCCGGCGCACAUCUUCCCAUCGAUGGUCGGAAGGCCCAUCAUCCGGGCGGUCAACAAGAUCGGCGACAUCGAAGUCAAGGAUUUACAUGUUGAUGACCUUAUGGUGGGCGACGAAGCGUCGCAAUUGCGCUCUCUCCUAGAGGUUUCCUAUCCGAUGGAAAACGGAGUGGUCCGGAACUGGGAGGACAUGUGCCACGUGUGGGACUACACAUUCGGGCCCAAGAAGAUGAACAUCGAUCCGACCAACACGAAGAUUCUUCUGACCGAACCGCCGAUGAACCCCACCAAGAACCGGGAAAAAAUGAUCGAAGUUAUGUUCGAAAAGUACGGAUUCGAUUCGACAUAUAUCGCCAUCCAGGCCGUCCUCACGCUGUACGCGCAGGGCCUCAUCAGUGGGGUGGUGAUCGAUUCCGGGGACGGCGUGACGCACAUUUGCCCGGUGUACGAAGAGUUCGCACUGCCCCAUCUGACGCGACGGCUCGACAUCGCCGGUCGCGAUAUCACGCGGUACCUCAUCAAACUGCUGCUGCUGCGUGGAUACGCUUUUAACCAUUCCGCCGAUUUUGAAACUGUGCGAAUGAUGAAGGAGAAAUUGUGCUACAUUGGGUACGACAUCGAAAUGGAACAGCGGCUGGCCCUGGAAACGACCGUACUCGUGGAAUCCUAUACGCUACCAGACGGUCGGGUGAUCAAGGUCGGUGGCGAAAGAUUCGAAGCGCCGGAAGCUCUCUUCCAGCCCCAUCUAAUCAACGUCGAAGGGCAGGGCAUUGCCGAACUGGUGUUCUCCACCAUCCAAGCGGCGGACAUCGACAUGCGGUCGGAGCUGUACAAGCACAUUGUACUAUCGGGCGGCUCGACCAUGUACCCGGGACUCCCCAGUCGGCUGGAGCGCGAAAUCAAACAGCUCUAUCUGGAGCGUGUACUGAAGAACGAUAGCGAGAAGCUGUCCAAGUUCAAGAUCCGCAUCGAGGAUCCUCCCAGGCGAAAAGAUAUGGUCUUCAUUGGGGGUGCCGUACUAGCCGAAGUGACCAAGGACCGGGACGCCUUCUGGAUGUCCAAAGCCGAGUAUCAAGAGCAAGGUUUGAACGUACUAAAGAAGCUCAGUGCGCGGACGAGUAACUAGGCCAAAAAUUUCACACAAUAAGUUAAACGAGAAACAAGAAAAAAAAACUUUAUUUUACUCCCUCACUAAACUGCUGAUUGCAUGCGCCAGUUGGCUUUAUCAUGUCUACCGUAUAGAGCCGAAGAACGACUAGCUAGUUGCAUUUGCUGCCCAGAAUCCGGACGGGCAUUGGCGGGUGUAAUUCCCGAUGGUAGCAAAAAUGUAAAUGCAUUUAUAACCUAAGUAUAACUAGCCCAAAAUCCCGAAUUCGAAAACGCAUUACAUAAAGUAUUUCACAGUUGAAUAACCUAAUCCUUGUUGCGUUUGAUGAGCGUUUAAUCUAAUUUAGACUCUGACGUAUUGAAUGCAGGUAGGCGCGAAAGGCGACACACCGUUCUUCUUUUUAUCAAUUGUAAAUCGUAUUUUACUAUCGUUUCUUUAGGAUCCAUUUAGGUUAGAUUUUUAUAUUAUUGUAUUCCCAGAGCAAAUUGCAUAUAAAAUUAUUUUUGCGUAUCAUUAAACAAA